AUGAUUCUGGCCAACGGGCCGCGUUGGAAGGAACAGCGCCGGUUCACGAUUAGGACGUUCAAGACCCUGAUCAGUACCACGCAGGCUCUCGAGACGCAUAUACACGACGAACUGUCGAGCUUGGUUCGUGAGCUGGCGUCACGCAAGGGCGAGCCCGUGGCCACCUCCUCGUUGUUGGUGUCCAGCACGUCCAACGUCAUGACGGCACUGGUUUACGGUCGGAGGUUCGAAUACGGCAGCCCCGAGCGCGUGGAACUGGACGAGCUCGCCGAUGUGAUCCCUACGUUGGCGACCCAGAUUUCGUCACUGAACUUCUUCCCGUGGCUGCGCGGAGUGCUCUCCGUCCUUCACAUAGGAGCAUGCGGGAAGCUCAGGAGCGCCAUGCUGCAGAGGGAUCGCUUCUCAGAGACCCUAGUAGGCCUUCACGAGAAAACUUAUCAGGACGGCCUGAUUCGUGACUACAUUGAUGGUUUUCUCAGUGAGAUGAAAAGACCAGAUCAAGAAAAGAAGACUUUCACACGCGACGUGCUUACGAGCAACGCGUCGUCCUUCUUCGGCGCCGGGAGCGAGACGGUGCGCUCCGCGAUAGAGUGGCUGCUGCUGACGUGCGCCGCCAAGCCGGAGAUGCAGAGCCGCAUCCGGGCCGAGAUCGACGUCGUGCUCGGUCAAAGCGGUCAAGCUUCUCGCGUCCUGUGGAAAGACCGCAGCAGGAUGCCGUACACGCAGGCCUUCAUCUGGGAGACGACGCGCUGCGAGCCGAUCAACCCUUUCGGCCUCAUGCGAUGUGCCAGCGAGGACACGAAAAUAAGCGGCUACGUCAUUCCACGAGGCAGUGUCGUGAUCCCUUCGCUGAGGUCCAUUUUCUACGACGACUCCUUCUGGGAAGACCCGGAAGUUUUCCGGCCCGAGCGCUUCUUGGUCGACGGAGGCACCCGAGCCAUCAAACCAGAGAGGCUGAUCCCCUUCUCAUAAGGCAAGCGUUCGUGUCCCGGGGAGUUGAUCGCCAACAUGGAGACGUUCAUCUUUCUUACCACCGUCCUGCAGCACUUCAUCGUCCAGGUGCCUUCCAGUGGUCCAGCCCUUGCUUUCGACGAGGCGUUGACCAUAUCGCUUAAUCCCCGAUCGCAGAAAUUGGUUUUCCGCGCGCGAGAAGUGCGCGGUUGAGAAGACCACUAAUACCUUGUCUAACAAGUUGUUUUGUAAAGUACUUGCAGAGUAACAAAACCAUUAAUAUAUAGAUACACGUAGAUAAGUAUCUGUCUGGUGAAAUAAGCCAUGAUUCACUCGUGGGAAGUGUGAGAAAAAGCGCUCCUUCACCACAAGCUAAUCUUUUAUCGUGCCCCUCCUGAGAUGGCUGCGGUGCGGCUGCAUCUUCGGGAAAUCAUUUACACUCCAGCAAUUUUUUAAGCUUUUCAUUUCCCCGCGUAGCGUUCGCAAAAACUCGCCUAGCGAUGGCGUCACUGCGCACAGCUGCGUCGUGAUUCACCUUGCGAUAGCCAAUUGGUAGCCAAUCAAUAGCUAAUCGAUAAUCGAUCAAUUAUCAAUAAAUUCAGGAAAAUGCUGGGGAUGACUUGGUAGUGCUUAGACUAGCCCAAAUACGUGGCCAUUACCUUGCGAUAGCCAAUCGAUAGCCUAUCAAUAGCUAUAAUCAAUAAUCUAUCAGUCAAUAAAUUGCGGAAAAAAUACUGGGGAUGACUUGGUAAUGCUUAGCCUAGCCCAAAUACGUGGCCUAUACCUUGCGAUAGCCAAUCGAUAUCCAAUCAAUAGGUAAUAAAUAAUAAAUAAUAAAUAAAUUACGGAAAAGCAUAACUCGUAAGGCCAGGACCAGCUAGGUGCCGUUCAGCUCCGCUGUUUCUUUAGCCUUUGCGCCACUAGUGCAAGCUACACAAUUUUUUUUUUAAAACCUCCUUGCGCGCCACCAGUGAGCGACAAGAUGAAGCUUGUCGUCGCUCGCACGGCAUCCAAAAACGCAGGCUUCUCCAAACUCGGAGGCCACGUCACCCAUCGCCCAAUAAAGAGUGUUUGAAAU